UUUCACACACCUGUGCGGUUAUCGUUUGUACACGUGUACAUUUGGCGAGGGCGAUAGUUUCAGGGACUUUCACCGGACUAACCCAGCCUAUGAUUUUCAGCAUUUGCCCGUAGACAGUUGACGUGAUUUUGUGGUGAAAAUAGGAGAGUUCCUCGUGGAGAUGGCGCACCUUUCGGCUGUAGCGAUUUCACUGACUGUUUUAGUGUCGAUCGUCGGAUUGGGGCAGUGCAGGAAUGUCGGAAAACUAGAGUGGGAUGCUUCAAAGGGAUAUAUGAUGUAUUGUCCAUGUUCAGGUCGCUUUACGGGCCAAGUGGAACAGUUGAUGAGCGCCCUACAGUUUUCAAAGGCUCUGGGUCGCAUUCUGGUUGCGCCGUCCUUUAUCAAUUACCCCUGUGGCCGUAAGGACGCCCAUGGUCACUUUGGCGUCCAAGCACCCAUGCACAUCGAUCGAAAUGCGUACGUGCAAGUUGACGAAUACUUCGAUUUAGACGAAAUUAAGAAGUUUUAUCCUGACGUCAUCACAAUGGAGGACUUCAUGACGGAAUUGGCGCCCCUCUAUUGGAAUGAAGGCAACCGCGUGGCAUAUUGCUCCAACGGUUUGGCUGAUAACAAUGGAGGGAAGUGCACAAGAGACGGCAAUCCAUUCCGAACAUUCUGGCAGGACCAGGGCAUCGAGUUUGACGACUCGGAAGUCUGGACGAACUUGUAUUUCAACGUGGAGCACGCUGGCGUGGCGGAACACUGGAAAGAAGUAUAUCCCGCCUCCGAGCAUCCGGUGAUGGCGCUCGUCACGGCCCCGGUGAUAAACCCCAUCUCGACGGCAGUGGAGGGUCUCCAGCAUUACCUGACCUUCAAGGACCAUAUCAGGCAACCAGCCGAGGAGUUCAUUGAGAAAAACCUGGAGAAGCCAUUUUGGGGGCUUCACCUCAGGAACGGCGCUGAUUGGAGCCGAACCUGUGAGCUCCUUGGUACCGGCGACUUCCCUUAUCUCCUGAGCUCCAGGCAGUGCACCGGCAAGGAAGGAGACUCGGUCACCAGGGAGAUGUGUCUUCAGUCCGAGGAGCAAGUCAUCGCUGACAUCCGCUACCAGCUCCAGCUAGCGGAGGAGGACAACAGAGAGCUGCCUAAGAGCAUCUUCGUGGCUACAGAUCACGUGGCCAUGGAAGAAGACUUGCAGGCCGCUUUCCCGGAUAUCAAAAUCGUGACAUGGGGUCCCGACCUAGACCAGAUGGACUUGUACGUCUUGGGCCAGGCUGAUGACGUCAUCCUUAACUGCGUGUCGGCAUUCAGCGCCUUCGUCAAGCGGGACCGUGACGUGAACGGCAAAUUGGUGGCCUUCUUCGGCUACUUGGACCCGCAGAAAGAGCUGCCCAAAGUCUCAAGGUCCCCUCCCCAUGAAGAAUUGUGAUUUUAUUUUUUAAUAACGACAUCACGUGAUUAAGUAUAGAAGUAAAACCCUCAUAGUAUUGCGGGCUUGUUUUACACUGACGAAUAUAGCAUUAAGAAAAGUACAGUGAUAAAAAUAUGUACCUGUCAAUUUUGUAUUAUGCUUUUGUAAAAAUGAAGUGUCAUUUUCCUGCUUAAAGUAGGCCUAAUUAUGAGAGCUAUUUCCCUCAUACUAAAAGUUGGAUGCUUUAAUUUGAUAUUUUUGUAUUUUGUUUUACUGAUUAAAGAUGCGUUUUCUUUAGAGCGAGCUGUUGAAAUUGGAAACUAAAAAUGACAUGCUUUAACUACAUGAGUUGUUAUAGAGAACAACAUUGACCGGGGGAGCGACGUUAAUAUAGUUAUGGAAUAAAUACACCACAAAUUCUUCGGUUUGAAAUAUAUUCUCGAAGGAAGAAGUGGAAGUCUUCAGUUGAGUAUAGGCCCUAACUAAAGUAAAGAAUGCAACUUUGUAGAUUUUUCAUAAGAGGCUUAUUUGCUUUAUUCACACAUUUCCUGUACAACCUCAGAUAAAUGUUUGUAAUAAAAACGGAGAAACUAUACA